AUGGAGAAUACGGGUCCCCAUCGCGAUGCAUUCGACGUGUGUGGGCCCCGCAACGUCCCUUCUAUUAGCUGGAAAGACCUGAUAAUCAGCUCUACCUGGAAAGACAGCAACUACAAAAGGACCGUAAUCGCCUGCUUCAUACAAGCAGUCUACCUGCUCGAACUCGACCGGCAAGAGAAUCGGAAGGACGAAAAUGCCCUGGCCCCAAAAUGGUGGACGCCGUUCAAAUACAAGCUCACCGAAGUCCUCAUGGACGAACGAGACGGGUCGAUUUUCGGGGCAGUACUCGAAUGGGACCGUGCGGCGGCCCUAUCCCAUUUCAUUCUCACGAGACCCAAUGGGGCCCCACAGGCAGUCCUGGCCUUCAGGGGGACCCUUCUCAAGAGCCCGACAAUCAGGCGGGACAUUGAGGAUGACUUGAGGUUCCUAGCCUGGGAGAGCUUGAAAGGGUCGUUCAGGUUCGGCCUCGGCCUAAAGGCGCUGAGGAAGGUUUCGGAAAAAUACGGCAGCCGGAACGUGUGCGUGGCGGGCCACUCCUUGGGGGCAGGAUUCGCACUUCAGGUCGGGAAGGCUUUAGCCAAACAGGGCUUGUGCGUGGAGGCUCACUUGUUCAACCCACCCUCGGUUUCUCUUGCUUCGGGUCUGAAAACCGUGGGGGAAAGUGUCUGGUUCGUGUGGGACCGGGUUAGGUCCAUGCUCCCGUAUAUGAACGGGGACGGGGCCCAGCGGGCUGAGAACGAAAACGGAUCGAAGCAACUGGUAUGGGUGCCUCAUUUGUAUAUAAACAGUGGGGACUACAUUUGUUGCUAUUAUACGGAUGGUCAAGUUGGGGCGAAAGUUGAGAGUGGGCCGUGUUUGGCUAAGGUGUUGGUUUUUUCGAAAGGGGGAAAGCAGAAGUUUGUGGAGGCGCACGGUUUGGAGCAAUGGUGGUCGAGCGACAUGGAACUGGAGAUGGCACUGAAUAGUAGCAAGUUGAUCAGCAGGCAGCUCAAGUCGUUGUAUAGCCUCCCGCCAUCCGAACAGUCGCCGGGAAAGGGACGAUAA